CCUCCUGAUAUCACUCUCAGAUAGUCAAUGAGCGGGCAGUGCAAUCAUUCGUGCAAAGACUAGUCGCGGAUUCAGUUUUACUAGGAAAGUGUAAAAUAGUGGAAAAAGUCAAGGUCAAAGUAUCAAGGUGAACUAUCGAAAUGAAGACAAAAAACAGGUCGUUAUUCAGUAAGCUAUGCAAGUGUUACAGUAAGAAAGACACAUCGCGAAGAUGUGAAAACGAGGAUCUGCAUCCAAGUCCGACGAUCGAGCCAGUUACGGUGCUCAUCCGAAGACCUUGUUGCAAGAGUAACGAAGUGGAAAUGUGCACCCCGGAAGUGUCUAAACAGAUACGGGAUGCCUGCAAGGAUCUCGUCCUGUCCAAUGAUCAGCUUCGCCUCGUCAUGCAGAAUCUCACUGACGAAAUAAACAAGGGUCUAUCGAAAGCGACUCAUGAUGAUGCAAUCGUCAAGUGCUUCACCACUUAUGUGCAGGAUCUACCAGACGGCACCGAGAAGGGCAAUUUUCUGGCAUUGGAUCUGGGUGGCACAAACUUUAGAGUGUUGUUAAUCACGCUGGAUGGCCAGAAUUUCGACAUGAAAAGCAAGAUCUACGCGAUACCACAGAGCUUGAUGCUGGGAACCGGUACUCAACUAUUCGAUCACAUCGCUCAGUGCCUGGCAUUAUUCGUAAAAGAUUUGAAUCUGCAGAAUGAGGUACUGCCAUUAGGCUUCACCUUCAGUUUCCCUCUGUCCCAGUACGGGUUGACAAAGGGUCACUUGGUGAGGUGGACCAAGGGUUUCAAUUGUAGCGGUGUGAUCGGCGAAGACGUUGUCGCCCUCCUCGAAGAAGCAAUUAGCAAAAGAAGCGAUGUUAACAUUGACGUAUGCGCAAUUCUAAACGAUACUACCGGUACCUUAAUGUCAUGUGCUUGGAAAAAUCAAAACUGCAGGAUCGGUUUAAUUGUCGGUACUGGAAGCAAUGCCUGCUACGUCGAAAAAACGAAGAAUGUGCAGUGUGCAAUUCCGGGCAAUUAUUCCGAAAACAAACCCCAUAUGCUCAUCAACACAGAAUGGGGCGCAUUUGGUGAAAGAGGUGUGCUGGAUUUCAUACUAACUGAAUUUGACCGCGCUAUAGAUGAAACCUCCAUUAAUCCGACGAAGCAACUAUUUGAAAAAAUGAUUUCGGGAAUGUACAUGGGUGAACUAACGAGACUAGUUCUCGAAAAGUUGGUAAGCGCCGGUCUUCUCUUCGGUGGCAAAUUCCCAAGUGAUCUCAAAAAGCGCGGCAAGUUUUUCACUAAAUACGUCUCUGAGAUUGAAAACGAUCCUAAGGGAAGAUACACGAACUGUCGGGAGAUAUUGGCCGAGCUGGGACUGCGAAAUGUGAGCGAUCAGGAUUGCGAGAAUGUAAGAUAUGUUUGUUCGGUUGUAUCGAGGAGAGCGGCGCAUCUGGUGAGCGCGGGGAUAGCAACGUUGCUGAAUAAAAUGGGCGAGGAUAAUGUUACUGUGGGCAUCGAUGGCUCGGUGUAUCGAUUCCACCCGUAUUUCCACGAUCUCAUGACGGCGAAAAUCAACGAACUCCAGUCUUACAAGUUUGAUCUAAUGCUCUCGGAAGACGGUAGCGGCCGUGGUGCAGCUUUGGUCGCCGCAGUUGCAUCACAGAAACGGUGAAGACGCAGUUGUCGGUAGCGAGAUAGAAUUCAAUUAUGUGUAAUAUAAAACCGACACAGACAGCGGUACGAGAGAGUUGAUCUGAAUGAAUGAUGAGCGAGUGAAUAUGAACGAGAGCGUUCAAGAGAAAUUAUGACUUUUCUCUACGUUUCAGUUGCAUUUUCUACACUGUGUCCUUCUUCCUUUAAAUUUAUUUAAAAUCAUUUUAGGUCAUUAUUCUAAGGCUUCUCCAAAGUCUGAAUAAUUUACUAGUCCGAAAAAAGGGUUUGCGCGUAAAAUGUCUAUGAGCAUAAUUACACUAUGGGCCCUUUUUCGAUAAAAAAAGAUUUUAAAGUAAUACUUAUAUAUAGAUCACUUAUAUAUACAUCUGCCCUAUUUUGAGUGUAGAAAAUGCAAGAAAAUGCAGUUUUAGGAGGAAUGAACAGAAAAAUUGCGCGACGAAUAAUUCUUGUACAUAGAGCACAAAAAAUACAACUUAGCGUAUUAGAGUAAAAGAAUAUUUAAUGUUCUUUCACAAGAAACCAGGAAAAAUCGAGGAUAUAGAUAUCCAUUCUGCGGCAGUCAAGUACAAUAUUCGCUAAUUAGCGUGAUUUGUUAAUAAUUCGCAUGUCCAGUUGUUACCGUAAUUGGUUAAUCAUCUCGUAACUCUUCGAUGAGAAAUUAGUGAGAAAAAAUUAGAUGUGUGAACAAAUCGAAAAAUUGUCAGAUAAAUUUAACUGGCAAGAAGAAUGUCGAGUAACCGUUGUUAACAAAUAUCAACAAGUGCAAACGAAUUUAAUCUAUAAUAUAUUAAAUUGAUCACGUGACAUCAUAUCGAUUGUGAAAAUCGACAAGGAAUUGAUAGAAUCGAGAAUAAACACAGUUCUCCAUCGAUAU